CGUAUUUGAAACGCAUUGUAUGCGCCAUUUUUGGGAAAUUUACAUGGUAUAACAAUCCAUGUAAUCAUGAAUUUAGUAAGAUUUUUGAUGAAACUCAGUCAUGAAACAGUGACGAUAGAGCUGAAAAAUGGAACACAAGUCCACGGGACCAUAACAGGAGUGGACAUUAGUAUGAACACACACUUGAAGGCUGUGAAAAUGACACUCAAGAACAAAGACCCUGUACAAAUAGACUCUCUCAGUAUCCGUGGAAACAAUGUGCGUUAUUUCAUCCUCCCUGACAGUCUUCCCUUGGAUACACUUCUCAUUGAUGACACACCGAAGACCAAGGCAAAGAAGAGCAGGGAUUCAGGUGGUAUGAGCCGAGGACGAGGUCGUGGACGUGGUGGUGGUCGCGGACGUGGCGGCGGUGGUCGUGGAGGCAGGGGGCGUGGCCGAAGAUAGACAACGGAAUUCCAUCAGUGUUGUAACAUGUUUUAUACAUGUUCUGUGGGGUGGAUAGACAAUUUGCAAGACUAUAUAAACCUCCACAGGGAAAAGUGACCAAUUUGUAGAGGUGCAACUAUGUUUCUAGAACAGCUCAGUUGUUGGUCUUCCUAUCCCGGUUAGUUGCUGCACAUAUAUACUGAAUGUUGGAAUAAAAAUUGUGUAGCCUUUGCAAAAUUACAUGGUUAUAAUCAUGUUUAAUCUCUGGGGGAAGACUUACCUUCUUUGUAUCUAAGAUAAGUGUUGCACAGCAAAUUGAGAACGGCACCAAUCUGGACUAUUUGUCAAUUCAAACAGUUUUGGAUUACCAAUAGAAGUGGUUUCAUAAACUGUCUGGAAGAGGAAAGAUACAUGCCAUCUGCAAAAGCUGAUCGAAACUCAUUCAAAGGAAUAAGGAGGGCUUUGUGCACAUUUGGUGUGUAGUCUAUCUUGGGGAAAGACUUAAGAAGUCUUCAAUUGUACAGACUGUACAAUGGAAUCACUUUAACGAGAUAUACUACAUCUAUCAUGUCUUCACAAUUCUCAUUAUAAUGUCAUUGUUUCAUGAUAAUAAAUCAUACUAAUUUCAA